AUGUUUAGACAGGUAAAGAGGAAAACUGCUGGGAGGAGGAAUUUUGAAGACAAGAAUAAUUUUUCAUCAUCACCAUCAUCAUCGGUCAUCCAGUAUAGUCUACCGAAGCUAUUUUCCAGUAGAUUGUCCUUCUACGAUUUACCGCCGACUGAAGAAAUCACAUUAGAAGAGUUUGAGAAAUGGGCUAUCGACCGGCUCAAGAUCCUAAUUGAGAUUGAAUCGUGUAUUGCUAGAACAAAGACUCCCCAGGAUACAGAAUUGGCUAUAAAACCACUUCUUUUAAAAUUCAUGCCCUUGAGCUCUAACGGAGCUGCUGCAGAUGAAGCGGUGAUUAUUCAAGAACGGAUGAAGGACUAUUAUAGUCACUUUAUUCUCAGGUUGGUCUUUUGCAGAAGUGAAGAUUUGAGAAGGAAGUUUAUCAAGAAUGAAACUAUAUUGUUUAGAAUUAGAUACAACAUGUUACAACCAAGGGAACAACGGGAAUUUGUUGAAUUGAACCUGUAUAAAUUGCCGUGGUCAUACAUUUCAAGUAAGGAAAAGGAAGAGUUGAUAGACCUGUUGUUUGCUGCAAGCGGGAACAUUUUAAAGCAAUAUUACAAUUUGGAAUGUGGACUCGCCUUAAACAAUGAUCAAGUAAAACAGAGAAUGAUAAUGAAGGAAAACUUUAUUAAGCUACCAUUUGAGAAAUUGAACCAAUUGGUUUCAAAUAGAUCAGUCUAUUUGCAUAAAGGUUAUGGGUAUCUACCAACCAGUUUGCAACUAAACUUAUUGGCAGCCGAGUUUCUGGAAAACUUGAAUCAGAUUUUAAUAAGGACUUUUCAAGCUAUUCCAAGACUAGAGGAAGAUGAUAGGUUGAUACCCUUGCUCAAUAGCUUAUCCAAAAAUUUUGCAAAUUUCCAAUAUGAUUCGGAGGAAAAUAGUGAAUUCACAUCUGAUAUCAAUGCAAUUACAAUAACUUCCAAAAAGAUUAUGUCUCAUUACCCGCUUUGUGCGACUCACUUGCAGCGUGGUUUGAUGACCACAUCACAUUUGAGAUAUAAUGGAAGGCAACAAUUGGGUAUUUUUUUGAAAGGUAUAGGUUUGAAUGUUGAUGAGGCAUUGAAAUUUUGGUCGCAACAAUUCACCAAGAAUGGUAAGCUCACGCUAGAUUCAUUUAAUAAAGAGUAUAAAUAUAACAUCAGACAUCAAUAUGGUUUAGAAGGUGCAAGAAUCAAUUAUAGACCAUGGGAUUGUGCAACCAUAUUAAGUAAACCAAAACCUAGCUCUAAGGAAUUUCAUGGGUGUCCUUAUAGAGAUUUCUCACUACAACAAUUAAAACAAGCCCUUGAUGAAAGAGGAAUCACAAAUCAACAGGAUAUCAAUUCAAUCAUGGACAAUGUAGAGAAUCACGAAUAUACUAUUGCUUGUACGCGAGUGUUUGAACUUUCACACCAAAGGGAACUAAUCGCUCUUAACAAGCCAGGACAAUCGAUCCAACAAGAGCAUAUCAACCAUCCAAAUUUGUAUUUUGAUAGAAGCAGAAAAUUGGAAAGGGAUAUGCAAAAAAAAGAGGAGGUAAUGACUGAAGGUCUGACUCAGAGAUAA